AUGGCGACGAAUUCGACGCUGAGUCCAGAGUACUUGGCUGAGUCCAAGACGGGCUUGGUCACGACCAUGUAUGCGAUUCCCAUUGCGCUCGAGGCGCUCAGCACUGGGUGGCGGCUAUGGGCGUCAGCAUCUGCACAGUCGGGAUUUUGGUUUUCAUUUGAUGACUAUCUCAUGCUUUUUGCGACGUUGGUGGCGAUGACUGUGUGCGUGCUUGGGAUUGUAUAUGGACCACCGAAUGGACUUGGACGCCAUAUAGAGGCUCUAUCAGAGCACCAAGUACAACAGUUUCUCAAGGGAGACUACAUCUUUAGUCACUUUUACGACAUCGCCAUCGCCUUCACAAAGCUCUCUAUCUUAGCGUUAUAUUACCGUAUCUUCAUCACACGCAAAUUCAGACACAUCGUCCUCGGCACUGCCUGCUUCGUGAUCGUCUGGGUCAUUGUCAUGGAGGUGACGCUGGGCUUUGGAUGUCGGCCCAUCAAGGCAUGGUGGGGUGAGGCAAAGGGGAAGUGCAUCAACAAGGAAGCCUUUACGUAUUUCACCAAUGUAACGAACAUGGUAAUCGACCUGUGGGUGUUUCUGAUGCCGAUCCCGGUGAUACUGGGGCUUCAGGCGGCCAAGGAGAAGAGGAUUAUCCUGUGCCUCAUGUUUGGAGUUGGACUGGCAGUGUGUGCGAUUAGCGCGGCGAGGCUAUCCUUUGUGUUUGGCGUUGCAUCUGCUGAUUUUACAUGGAACGAGGCGUCUCUGGGAAUCUUAUCGGCCUGGGAGCCCUGCUGUGCCAUUCUGUGCGCAAACUUCCCCCCAAUAUACCGGCAUCUCGUCAUCAUCAGCGAAUUCCUCCGAGCCGGUGUCCGGAACGUGACGCAGUGGACGGUGACGCAGUCCCGGAGCGCCGCAACGGGCGUCAGCUCCGAUCGGCACGGCGGUUCCAAGGGUAAGGGCGAGGUGCAGCAUCACGACUGGGCUAAGCUGAAUCACAGCGGUGCCUUUACGGGCGAGACGAACCGCACCGUUACGGAAGUAUCUGCGCAAGGGCCGCCAAGCGAUGCGGUUGAGAUGGAUGGAGUGAAGGUGGGAGGGAUCAUGGUGGAGAGGGCGUUUACGCAGGUGAGCGCGCAGGAUGUGGAGGCGGCGUCUUCGUCGAGGGAUAUAGAAGAGGGCAAAGAAUGA